AUGGCGGCUGACGCGGUGGAAGUGGCGAGUGCGGAAGAAAAUAUCGACGUGCCCGCAGAGGAGUCCAGAUGUGUGUUUUACCGUUACGUCUGUGGCGACAUGAGGCCGCUGAAACUGUGGCUGGAGGGAAAGCCUGUUCCCGUACGGUUCCUGGACUGGUGCAUGAGGGGCACCACUCAGCCUCUGUUCCUGAGUCACCCUCUCGGAGGCGUGCUGGUCAUCAUCGGGCUGAUGGUGGACAGUCCGUGGAUGGGACUGUGCGGACUGACCGGUCUGUUCUUCGCCACCCUCACAGCGGUCAUCUUUUCUCAGGAUAAAGGCUGUGUGGAGAGCGGGGGUAGCGGGUUUAACGGGCUGCUGACCGGGCUCCUUCUGGCCGCCCUGUCCCGGGACCCGGACUGGCACGGACUGACGGUUCUUCCCGUUAUCGUCAUGGCAAUCAUGAGCACGAUUCUACACAGCGGUUUGUCAGGAGUGCUGGGGAAGGCGGAGCUACCGGCUCUCAACCUGGCCUUCAAUCUGGCUGUCCUGGUCUACACAGCAGCGGCGGGGACUCAGGACAGCUCCCCGCGGCUGUACCAGGCAGAGGAACAGCAGCUGCUGCGUAACCAGACAGCUAACCAGUCAGCAGCAGACCCCAUAGACUGGAUCAGGGUUUUGCAGGCAGUACCGAUAGCCAUCGGCCAGUGUUACGGGUGUGGACAGGCGGUGUCCGGGGGGCUCAUCUCCGCUGGUGUCCUGGUGUCAUCACCCGUCGUGUUCUAUCACUGCGUCAUAGGAGCUGUCAUCGGUAUUGGCACGGCUCUCAUCCUUGGAGUCCCCCUUCACUGGGUCUACUCAGGUGCAUGCGCGUACAACUCUGUGUUAGGCACGGCAGCAGUAGGAGGAGUGUUCUACGUCCUGACUAUCCGGAGCCAUGUCCUCUCAAUACUCUGUGGUGUUUUCUGUGCACUUCUCUGGGCAGGCAUGGUGGACGUAUUUGCUAUGCGAUAG